AUGGCGCCGCCAGCCGCUGCGGUUGCCGCCGUCCGCAACCACAGCCCGCACCUGCUCCUCCGCUGCGGCGGCGGGGGUCUCCUCCCAUCGCCUCCGGGCCCCGCCACGCUCCCCUUCGCCUCGCGGGAGCCUCUCCGCCUCCUCUUCCUCCCACGUCCCCGUACGCCCUCUUUCACCGGCAUCGUCGAGGAGGUCGGCCGCGUGCGCCGCCUCGGCCCGCCGCUCGCGCCGUCUUCUGGCGGGGGCGGCGGCGGCGAGGCUCCCGGACUCGACUUGGAGGUCGAGACCAGGGACCUCCUCGCCGGGACGCAGCUCGGCGACAGCGUGGCGGUCGACGGCACCUGCCUCACCGUGGCGGCGAUCGACCCGGCCGCGUCCACGCUCACCUUCGGCGUGGCGCCGGAGACGCUCCGCCGGACGUCCCUGGGCGGCGGGCCCCGGGCGACGGCGUCAACCUCGAGCGCGCGCUCACGCCGUCGUCCCGCAUGGGGGCACUUCGUGCAGGGCCACGUCGACGGGACUGGGGAGAUCGCCGCGUUCCGGCCGGACGGGGACUCGCUCUGGGUCACCGUGCGCGCGCCGCCGGAGAUCCUCCGCCUGCUCGUGCCCAAGGGCUUCGUCGCCGUCGACGGCACGAGCCUCACCGUUCAGUACACGCAGGACAACAUCGUGCUGCCCACCAAGAAGGUCGGAGACAAGGUGAACCUGGAGGCGGAUAUACUGGGGAAGUACGUCGAGAAGCUCCUCGCCGGGAGGGUUGAGGCCAUGGCGAAGGUUGAUUCGUGA